UGUUUUUGCGCAUGCGUUAUUUAGAACUCCUGCCACUUCCUGGCCUGUUCGGAAGGAACCAUGAGAGUGAGCUCACCAGCAAUUUGACAAGGCUUGUGGUGUGAUUUAAUGCAAUGGCUUUUAUAUAUUGCGGAUAUUAAAGUUAGAGAAGCAACGGGACAGAGAGAUCAUGGCCUGUGCCAUAGUACCGCUUGAUGAACAACAGGUGACUGAACCGAGUGUUGUCGGAAAAGACCGAACCUUGCCUGCUCUGCAUCCUGACCGGAAGGAAGAGCGAUGUUUUGUGCCCUACAAGCCUCCGCCCGAGGAUGGCUCACCUGCUCAGGUGGAGGAGUUCCUAGAACAUGCCAAGUUCAUCACUGAAGACCUGGAGUGGUUGCUGGCUUUACCCCAUGACAAGUUCUGGUGCCAGGUCGUGUUCGACGAGACGCUGCAGAAGUGUCUGGACUCGUACCUGCGCCACGCCUCCCGUGGCCUGGACCCGGCAGGGCUGCCUUGCUCCCCGGCCGUGGCAGAGGCGCAGCGUCACAUUCACCGGGCGGUCUUCAUGACCUUCCUCCGGAUGGCCACGCACAAGGAGUCCAAGGAGAACUUCCUGACUCCGUCCGUGUUUGGCGAGAUCAUCUACGAAAACUUUCUGUUUGACAUUCCCAAGAUCCUGGACCUGUGCGUGCUGUUCGGCAAGGGCAACACCCAGCUGUUGCAUAAGAUGAUAGAAAACAUCUUCACGCAGCAGCCCGGUUACUACAGUGACCUGGACGAGGCGGUGCCGUCGGUUCUGCAGGUGUUCGACACGAUCCUGGACAAGUGCGGUCUUCAGUGUGAAGGCGCCGCCAUGGAGCCCAUGAAGCUCAGUGCCAACGGCCGGCCCACUGCCAUGACCAUGAGUCAGCAGGACUUGUUAGACCUGGUUCUGUACCUGUGUGACUCAACCACCACCAUCCACGCCUUCCUAGACAUCUACCCCCCUGCCUGCUCCACCUUCCAGUCCCACAGCUUCCUCAGCAGACUGGUCUCCUUUUAUGAGUCUGCUGUCCCGGACAUUGAGAAGGCAGUGAGGAAGAGAAACUUUACAGACAAAAGCCUUAAGGAGGACUUGUGGAAGAGGAUGUGCCACUCGUGUAAGAGGAUGGUGGAGGUGGCCCACCUGCUGCUGCAGCACGCCUGCCUACAGCCCAUCCUGGAGGGGGGUGACAAUAUCCAAACAUUCGCAGAGGAACUCCUACAACAUUUCACGUCAUUUCUCCCUGAAAAACGGUUCCUGUCAGACUAUGAUGAACAGUUCCCCAUAGCCGACGACAUCAGUCUACUGCAGCAGGCUCUGCCUCUCAUAGACGAGACGCGGACGUCGUACCUGCUUCAGGGGGUGCAGAGUGCCUGGGACAGCGUGGGCCGGCGCAGGCCCCGGGGCCACACGCAGACCCACGGCCUCCCAGCAGCCCAGGGAGGGGCCGCCGGGGGCCGGGCCUCCCCCCUGGGGCUGAGGGAGUCCGGGGAGGGCUGGGAGACCCCCAGGGGAGCUGAAGCCUCGCAGUACAUGCCCCACAAAGGAAACAACGGCGCUGCGGGUUCGCUGGGCGCGGGGGAGCUGGAGUCGCUGCUCUCCUCGAUCAGGGAGCUGCUGCCCGACCUGGGGGAGGGCUUCCUGCUGGCCUGCCUCCAGGAGUACGACUACAGCUCGGAGCUGGUCAUCAACAACAUCCUGGAGGACCGCCUGGCCCCCGGCCUGGACCAGCUGGACCGCGCCAUGCCCAGAGCCCCGAAGGAGGAGCUGCCGCCGGUGCUGAGCGAAAGGUCCAACGUGUUCGACGACGACGAGUUUGACGUGUUCCACAGGGACAAGGUGGACAUGUCCCGCAUCUGGAAGGGCAGGAGGAAAGGGGAGAGCGCGCAGGAGGUCCUCGGGGACAAGCAGCACAUCGACGCGCAGCGGGACCGCUACCGGGCCUACGAGAACGUGGUGGACGAGGUGAUGGUGGAGCCCGGGGCGGUCUACACCCUGGACGGGGACUACGACGACGAGUACGACGACACCUACGACGUCAACCAAGUGGGGGCCAACGACCUGGACGGAGACAGCCUGCUGAGCCGGAGGCCUUUCACCCUCCCAUUAGUGCUGCGGACCGGAAACAAAGCGCAGUUUGAGCUGGAGGAGGAAGAGGAGGAAGACACGAGGCCCAUGGAGAACCAGAACCCCAACCACGCGCCCAGGGACCAGUUCUGCCAGGACCCCGCCCUGCUUAGGGAACGUGCCGAGGCCAGACGGGCCGCCUUCCACCAGAAGAAAGGCGUUCGCCCCGAGCCGGCGGGCAGCGUGGUGGGCCAGCCCAAGGGCCAGGGCCAGACCCAGGAGACGCUGCAGGACCGCCGCAAGAAGGAGGCCAGCAAGGGACGGGGGGCCAACCACAACCGCCGCAACAUGGCUGACCGCAAGAGGAACAAGGGCAUGAUCCCCUCCUGAAACCCCCUCCCAUGUAGGACAGGGAGUACAGUAAACCCCAUCCACCCCCCGCUCCUCCUCCUCUCCCCUGGGUGGACAGACGGACAGAUGGACAGACAAACUGAUGGCAGAUAGAAAAAAAGUCAGACUCGUGAUGGAAGGGUUUUGGGGGAGGCUAAAGAUGGAGGACGGUGUAAUCCUGUUGCCUGUGGGUCCGACAGCCAUAUUUUCUCCAAGUUAAAAUGUUCCACCAGUUGAGGUUGUUGGUGAGAAGUUGCCCUGGUUUUUUUUUCUUGUUUGGGGUUGGCUAUCAGGGCAAACCAAGCGGCAUAAAUUCCAGACGUUGUCGUUAGAAAUCUUAGUUUUCAUCCCCACAUUC